GACUUGGUGCGCUGCUGCCUCUUCAGAGCAGCAUCGGCGACUCGGCGCUCCCUCCGCAAUUCCUCAAACACAUCGCGCCCCGCCGCCGCCGUCGCCCUCAGGCCACCGGCCGCCGCCCGCCACAAGGCCCCAACCCGGUCCCCCUCCACUGUCAGAGAUGCAGAAGGUGCGGCUCAAAUGGGUGAAGAACCGGGGCCUGGACCACCUGAUCGAGCGCACCACCUCCAUCCGCGCGUCCUGCCUGCUGCUCGACCACCUCGCGCGCCUCCCCACCUCCUCCCCAGUGCCGGCGCGCUCCCUUGCGCGCCUCCAGAAGCCGCUGGGCCUCACCGUGCCCGUGCUCCGGUUCCUCCGCCGCCACCCCACGCUCUUCGCCGAGCAACCGCACCCGCGGUUCCCCACGCUGCCCUCUUUCUCCCUCACGCCGGCCUCACACACCCUACUGGCCCGCCUCGCCGACGCCUCCGCGCGUGAUGCGCACCUCCGCCUCGCGCGCCUUCUCCUCCUCACCCGCUCCAGGUCGCUCCCGCUCGCCUCCGUGCUCCCGCUCCGCUUCGACCUGGGCCUGCCGUUCAACUUCGCCGCCGCGUUCCCGGCCUCCCACCCCGGUGUCUUCGCCGUCGCCAACAACCGCAUCUCGCUACUGUCCGCCUCCGGCCUCCCGGAGGACAUCGCCGUCUCCUCCCUCCAGCGCCGCCACGCCGCGGCCAUCGACUCGGCGACCUACCGCGCGCUGUCCCGGCCGCCGUCCUCGUCGAGCGCCCCGCUCGCGUUCCCAAUGCGAUUCCCGCGAGGGUACGGUGGGAUGAAGAAGGUCAAGGCCUGGAUGGAUGAGUUCCACCGCCUUCCCUACAUCUCGCCGUAUGAUGACGCGUCAGGCAUCGACCCUGACAGUGACAUCUACGAGAAGAGGAACAUCGGUUUGCUACAUGAGCUGCUUGGGCUAACGGUGCACAAGAUGGUGCGGAGGAAUGCCAUCCGGCUGCUCCGGGAGGAGCUGGGCCUGCCACACAAGUUCACUAGGCUGUUCACGCGGUACCCUGGGGUGUUCUACCUGUCAUUGAAGUGCAAGACAACGACUGUGGUACUUCGAGAGGGGUAUGAGAGAGGGAAGCUCGUGGAACAGCAUCCCCUGGCGGCAGUGCGGGACAAGGUGUAUUAUGUAAUGCGCACUGGAGUGCUGUACCGCGGGAAGGGUUUGUCCAAGCUUGUUCUUGAUGAGGAUGUUGCUGAGGAAGAGGGUGAAUUGGGUGGAGAGGAUUUUCAAGGGGAGGGAAUGGAUGAAGAUGCUGAUGUCGAGUGCUUCGGGAUGGACAUCGUGGAUGACGAUGGGCCUACUGAUGAUGAGGAUGAUGAAGGCGAUAGUGAUGGUUGACAUGGGCUGAUGAUGCUGGCCUUCUGAAUUUCUGUUGUGAGAUUGUGGCUUCAGUCAUUAAUUCCAGUGACUGGGUUCGAUUUGACUUACUGGCUCCAAAUGCAGGGUUCUGCAAAGCAUAGCAGACUACUUGCAUUACUUGUGGUUUUGUGUAUAGCAUGAGAAUUACGAGCAAUUCCACAGCUAUGAAGAUAGUGAAGCCAAUUCUUUUAUGAUCUUGUAUCAUUGUAUGAAAGUUAAGGUACGUGCAAAAUCAAAUGGGACUUAUCUAGGCUUUUCUGGUUA